CUCAUUCAUUCGUUGUCAUUUAUUUUGCCACCAACUCGGUAGGCGCUGAUUUUACGCUUAGACUAAACGGCUUUUUUUUUUCUUUUUUUUUUUUCUUUCUUCUUCUUUUCUUCUAUUGCCAACCGUUUUACUUGAGAUGAAUUCGACAAUGCCAGAUGGAUCUGCAGCCGGGGCGGCCGCCUCCGACGCUUACACCUAUAGUUUAUACCACUACAAUCCAAGCAUCCCUGGCGCAAUCGUUGUUGCUGUGAUUUUCCUUCUCACAACGGUUUUUCACUUUUGGCAGUUGAUCAAAACUCGCUGCUGGUUCAUGAUUCCUUUGGCAGUGGGCGGAAUUCUGGAGGUAAUCGGAUAUGCGGGCCGGGCAAAAUCGGGCGACGAAAGCCCUAAUUGGACACUGGGCCCAUACAUCAUUCAAGCCAUUCUGUUGCUCGUGGCGCCGGCUCUUUUUGCAGCCACGAUCUACAUGGCGCUUGGGCGCGUCAUCCAAAGAGUCGACGGCGAGAGUCGCAGCUUCGUUCCGCUCCGAUGGUUGACAAAAAUCUUUGUCACGGGCGAUGUUCUCUCAUUUUUCUUGCAAGCUGGAGGUGGUGGAUACCAAGCUGUCGGCACCCUAGAAGCACUGGAAAAUGGUUCCAACGUCAUCAUUGCCGGACUUUUCGUCCAGCUGUUCUGUUUUGGUUGCUUCAUCGUCGUCUCCAUCGCCUUCCAUAUGGCCAUCAAAAAGCAACCCACCCGUCAAUCAUCAAGCGACAUCCCUUGGCAAAAACACCUCAAAGCGCUAUACGUAGGGAGCGCCCUAAUCAUGGUUCGAUCCAUAUUUCGCGUCGUCGAGUAUCUUCAGGGGUUCAGUGGAUAUCUCCUCAGCCACGAGCCAUACUUGUAUGUGUUCGACGCCUUGCUCAUGAUAUGCGUCAUGAUAUGGUUCAACUGGAUUCAUCCUGGGGAGAUCUUGAGCCCUGUGAUUGGCAAAAGAUGGAAUGGAGAUAUCGAGGAGGACUGCUCUAGCACUCAGAUGUCAUGAGUAUUAGACACACCACACAUAGCAGCCAGAAGCAGCAGCAGUCAGUCGCAACGGCCUUGAGGGAAAACUGCAACUUUCAAACGAUCACUACAGUAACGGUGCCCCCCGCUUUGCCAAGACGAAAGAGAUUCACAGUUGAUCUUCGCGGCAUGAUAUUGGAGGAUUGAAUCUUGUAGACUAUUUUGUUUUAUAGCGAGGUUAAAUACCCGACCAUAGAUUAAUC